AUGGAUAAAGAGGUUCACAGCCAAGAGAAAGUGCAAAAAUCAAUAGAUAAAAUUUUAAAAUUAAAUAGAGAUGAUAAAGCAAAGGGUUUAAAAGAAUCACUAGAUUAUUUAUAUGAGGUCAGUCGCAAUACUGGAUAUAUUAGAGAAGAUAUAUUAAGCGAGAACAUAUACAUAUCUGAAAAUUAUGAAAAUGAAUACGGUGUGCGAUUCGAUAUUAUGAUUAAUUGUUCAAGACCAGAAAUACCACAAAAAAACAACCAUAAUAAUGACAAAAAUAAUAUAUGCAACCUUUGCUUAUCUAAUUUGACUUUAAAGAAAGAGUUAAGAGUGUAUGAAUUUAAAUUAAAAAAUGGCAAAGAACUAUUCAAGCAGUUUUCACCUUUUCCUUAUCACAAAUAUCAUAAUGUAAUAAUAGAUAAGCAGCAUACUCCACAGGUAUUAUCAGAGGAUACAAUUAAAGAAAUUCUAGAAUUAUGUGAAUCAAUGCCCGGUUAUACUGUAUUGUGCAAUUCCGAUAAAGAGUUUUCUGGUGUUUCAAAUAUCCAUCAUGCACACUAUCAAGGAGGUUACCAUGAUUUCGCAAUUUACAAAGCUCAAUCAAAAUUUGAAAUACAAUGUAACAAUAUUGAAAUAAAAAUACUUCACUACCCUGCAGGAUGUAUUAAAGUUGUUGGUCAAGAUAUACAAGAGUUAGAGAUAGUUUUAAUUAAACUCUAUAAUAGUUGGAGGAAUGGUAAAUAUGAAUCAUUAAAAAAUGAAUAUCAAAGCUUUUCUUUUUCAUGCAAAUAUAAUCAAAAUCAAGGUUUGGAAUCAAGAGGUUAUUUCGAGUUUAUAAUGAUCCCAAGAAAUGGUGAACCACAUAGAUUCAACACUAGAAAAUCACUUGAAUGUAUAAAAAAAGAAAUGGUGGGAAUAGGUGAAAUUAGUGGAAAUGGAAAUUUACCAGGUAGAUUAAAACGACAAUUAUUUGAAACUUAUUUAGAUAUAUUAACUCAAUUACAAAAUGAUAAUAAAUUAAUAAAUAUUAUAGAUAACGUUGAAAAAAUAGAUAAUUAUUUAACAAAUGAUUUAAAAGAAUUUUCAACAUGGUUUAACGAAUAUUUUAUUAAAACACUAAAGAAUUUUAAUAAUGAUAAAACACCACCAAUCAAACAAAUAUUAGAAAUUUCUUUGUGCAACUCUUUAAUAGAUAUAAUAAUGGAUAACUCUCCAAUUAAAAACGAUACCGAUUUAAUAUUCAAUUGGAUUAACCAAUCUAAAUUGUAA